GUGGAGGUGGCGCGGUGGCUAGGAUCUUGACAGUUUGAGUUCACGCGGCACCCGGGAAGCCACGUUCGCGGCUACAUCCGCGGCGUGGGGUCAGGCACGCAGCCCCGGAGCACCCGCUGGUGGGGCCGAGGCGGGUCCAGGGUCGUGUUCCGGGGCCCUGGCAUCCUCCCCGGUCCGGCGUAGGGACAAGCACAGGCCCUGUGCGCUCUGAGUUGCGCGUGCUCCCCACGUCCCGGGCUGCGUGGCCCGAGCCUGUCCGGAGGGCCGUCUGGACACCCCGAGGACGUGUCCGCUUCCCAGGCCCCGGGGCGCGGGUCGCAGUGGCCGGCUCGUCCCGCACGGCAGGCAGCCUGCGGGGCGGAGCUCCGGGGCGCACCGAGCGCGUCGGGCCGGGCAGGGGCUCCGGCGGGCCCGGCAGGGGGCGCUGCGGAAGCCCCGAACCCGGCGUCCUGCGCGCGCCUCCGCCGCUGCACUCCCGCCAGGAGGAGCUGGCUGCGGGUGGAGAGCCCUACGCACAGCAACCGAGGGAGGCCGGGACCUUAGGCGGAAAGGCUUCCGUUUGGAGGUGAAACCAUGAAGAGGACGUAGACCAGAUAAUAAUGCUUUACCGCAACCGCUUCUUGGUGCUGCUGGCCCUGGCUGGGCUGCUGGCUUUCCUGAGCCUCAGCCUGCAGUUCUUCCACCUGAUCCCAGUGUCCUCAACCAAGAAUGGAGGAAGCAGCAAGAGCCGGAAGAGGAUCAUGCCUGACCCAGUGACAGAGCCCCCCACGGUAGACCCGCUUUACGAAGCUCUCCUGUACUGCAACAUUCCGAGUGUGGCCGAGCGCAGCAUGGAAGGUCAUGCCCCGCAUCAUUAUAAGCUGGUCUCCGUUCAUGUGUUCAUUCGCCAUGGGGACAGGUACCCACUGUAUGCCAUUCCCAAAACCAAGCGACCAGAGAUUGACUGCACUCUAGUGGCCGGCAGGAAGCCGUAUCACCCUAAACUGGAAGCUUUCGUUAGUCACAUGUCGAAAGGAUCCGGAGCCUCUUUUGAAAGCCCCUUAAAUUCCCUGCCUCUCUACCCUAACCAUCCUCUGUGUGAGAUGGGAGAGCUCACACAGACAGGGGUCGUGCAGCACCUGCAGAACGGCCAGCUGCUGAGGGACAUCUACCUGAGGAAACACAAACUUCUGCCAAACAACUGGUCCUCGGACCAGCUUUACCUAGAGACCACUGGGAAGAGCCGCACCCUGCAGAGCGGGCUGGCCCUGCUGUACGGCUUCCUCCCGGAUUUUGACUGGAAGAAGAUUCAUUUCAGGCACCAGCCAAGCGCCUUGUUCUGUUCCGGAAGCUGCUACUGCCCGCUGCGAAACCAGUACCUGGAGAAGGAGCAGCGACGGCAGUACCUCCUCCGGCUGAAGAACGGCGACCUGGAGAGGACCUACGGGGAGAUGGCCAAGAUCGUGGACAUCCCCGCCAAGCAGCUCCGGGCCGCCAACCCCAUCGACUCCAUGCUGUGCCACUUCUGCCAUAACGUCAGCUUCCCGUGCGGCCGAAGCGGCUGCCUCGGCAUGGAGCACUUCAGGGUGAUCAAGACGCACCAGAUAGAGGACGAGCGCGAGAGACACGAGAAGCCCCUGUACUUCGGCUACUCGCUCCUCGGGGCCCACCCCAUCCUGAAUCAGACGGUCAACCGGAUGCGGCGCGCUGCCGCGGGCUGGAGGGACGAGCUGUUCACCCUCUACUCCGCUCACGAUGUCACUCUGUCGCCAGUCCUGAGUGCCUUGGGUCUUUUGGAGGCCAGGUUCCCGAGGUUCGCCGCCAGGCUGAUCUUCGAGCUCUGGCAGGACCUUCAGAAGCCCAGGGAGUAUUCCGUCCGGAUUCUUUACAACGGGGCUGACGUCACCUUCCACACCUCUUUCUGCCAUGACUUCCACAAGCGUUCUUUCAAGCCCAUGUGUCCCCUCGAGAACUUGGUCCGCUUUGUCAAAAGGGAUAUGUUUGUAGCCCUGGAUGGUAGCAGUACUAAUUAUUAUGAUGCGUGUCAUGGGGAAGGGGCCUAAAGGGUAUUCAGCACAACAUUGUUUCCUCGCUGGUUCUGUCUGUUGCUAAGAUGUCAAGGGAUGUAGUUAUAAUGGAUGCAAAUUAAGUUCCCCUGGUUCGGGACAAACAGGAAGCCCGUAACAGUAUGUUACUUGGUACAAAAUAGCCGGUUUGCAGAGGAAAGAAGGUACGUUUUCACAGCCAUGUGUAGCCUAGAAUGCCAGCAUCAGAUUCAGUACUCCAACUGGCCAGUCCAAGCUUAUGUAUAUUUUUGGCCUGCCAUGGAACCAGCAAACCUCUGCCAAAAUCUUCCACUUAACCUUAACCUUGUUGAGUGGAAAAUUUCCCGAAGUGAUGAGUGCAAAGUAGGCAUGGCAGCCUAUUCCCGAAGGGACCACAGUGGUCCGUGUCUUAGACUUCCUGGACCUGAAGGGCCACAGAGAGUCUUCUAUCUUCUCGCUUGUGCUCUGGUGACAUGGCAAUGCAUAAAUGGGUGUGAGUUACUGUGUCCCACAGACCGAACGAAACAGCCAGCUCUGGCCCACUGGCUGUGUCUGCCGACUCCUGCUCUUCAAAAGCAGCCUGCUACCGUUGCACUUCCCGCACUUUGAGAGAGGCAGCUGAACGCCGAGUUAUUUGGCAGGUCCUUCAGUAACUUCUGCUAGAAACACAGAAUUGGGUCUAUAUCUGACACAGUGACAAACCCGAGGGGAAAUGAACAUUGGGUCAGAAAGCGCGUAGGAAAUUGAUGACAAUACCUGAUGCUCAUAACGAUUGUGGCACAAAAUAGCUUUAAGUGUGUUUUAGAUGUUUGUCUGCUGUAGUCUAUUGGCUGCCUCUGGUGGAAUUUUUGUAUCCCAUUUAGUAUUUUUAUAGUCUAGGAAAAUAUUUUCUGAGACCAGUUUUAGAUGUGUUCUGAUUCCUAUAGAAAUAUUCGAUUUAGUGCACCUGCUUGAUGUUUGGAAGGAGGCCAAAAGCUGAAUUCAGGCACUUUUAUCCCCCUCCAAAAAUAAAUAACUAAUGACUCAUUCCCUUUGACAAGCUGUAGAAUUGGGACUAUUUUUAAACCAUUUUCAUCAAUUUCAAAUGCCAAAUUUCAAUUGAUUUUUAAAGAGGUUUCUAGAAAAAAACUUUGGUACUCGAUAGUUGAGUAAUCCUUCUAAAGUAUUUUAUAUAUUAGGCAUAAUCACAACUAACCGUGUGGUUCCUGGGUUAAUGGUGCUAGCUUGUUCUGAAGACAUGGCCCACGUACGUCGGACGCUCCAGCACUGAGCAUUCCAGCCUUUUCCUUUUUGUCUGGUGUUGCAUUUGAACACGUUUUGUUUUUAGAAAUAAAAUUUUUGAAGAGUU